CCCCAGCACUACAACGUGGGACCCGUGCAGCCACCAUGGCUGAGCUGCCAUGUGCUGAGCCCCCGCCACGCUGCAGCGGCCGCUUCACCAUCAGCACGCUGCUGGCUGCUGAGGAGGCAGCGGGCUGUGAGGGCACGCAGCUCUCGGGCAGCUCGCUCUGCACCAGGACCUUUGGCUACAACACGGUGGAUGUGGUGCCCGCCUACGAGCACUAUGCCAACAGCAGGGGGGUGGGUGAGGCCGGACGGGGGAGACCAUCGCUGGCGGACCUCCACUCCAUCCUCAAGCCUGAACCCGGCCACCACCUCCGUGUGCCGCUGCCGGACCCCCAGCGCAGCAAUGGCCUCCCCGACACAGAGGAGGGGGCUGGAGAGCCGAGCAGCGCCCCUGCGCCAGAACCUGUCCGCUUCGGGUGGGUGAAGGGUGUGAUGAUCCGCUGCAUGCUGAACAUCUGGGGCGUGAUCCUCUACCUGCGCCUGCCCUGGAUCACAGCCCAGGCAGGAAUCGCCCUGACGUGGCUCAUCAUCCUGAUGUCUGUGACCGUGACCACCAUCACCGGCCUGUCCAUCUCUGCCAUUUCUACCAACGGCAAAGUGAAGUCAGGGGGCACCUACUUCCUCAUUUCGAGGAGCCUGGGACCGGAGCUGGGCGGCUCCAUCGGCCUCAUCUUCGCCUUCGCCAACGCGGUGGCCGUGGCCAUGCACACGGUGGGCUUUGCUGAAACCGUGCGGGAUCUGCUGCAGGAGCACGACUCCCUGAUCGUGGACCCCACCAACGACAUCCGCAUCAUCGGGGUGCUCACUGUCACCGUGCUGCUGGGCAUCUCGCUGGCUGGCAUGGAGUGGGAGGCGAAGGCCCAGAUCCUCUUCUUUUUGGUCAUCCUGGUGUCCUUCAUAAACUACCUGGUGGGGACGGUGAUCCCGGCCAGUGCUGAGAAACAAGCAAAGGGCUUCUUCAGCUACAGAGCUGACAUUUUUGCCCAGAACUUCGUGCCUGACUGGCGCGGACCUGAGGGCUCCUUCUUUGGUUUGUUCUCCAUUUUCUUCCCAUCGGCCACUGGUAUUUUGGCCGGAGCCAAUAUCUCCGGUGACCUGAAGGACCCUGCCGUGGCCAUCCCCAAGGGCACCUUGAUGGCCAUCUUCUGGACCACGGUGUCCUACCUGGUGUUGUCAGCUACGAUAGGUGCCUGCGUGCUUCGGGACGCUUCGGGCAGCCUGAAUGACAGCGUGGCACUGGGCUCACCAGGCUGUGAGGGACUGGGCUGCAGCUACGGCUGGAACUUCACUGACUGCGCCCAGCAGCAGAGCUGCCGAUACGGCCUCAGCAACUACUAUCAGAGCAUGAGCAUGGUGUCAGGAUUCGGUCCCCUCAUCACAGCUGGGAUCUUUGGUGCCACCCUCUCCUCAGCGCUGGCCUGCCUCGUCUCGGCCCCCAAAGUCUUCCAGUGCCUCUGCAAGGACCAGCUCUACCCUCUCAUAGGCUUCUUUGGGAAGGGCUAUGGGAAGAACAGCGAGCCUAUCCGUGGCUACAUGCUCACCUACGUGAUCGCCAUUGGCUUCAUCCUCAUCGCCGAGCUCAAUGCCAUCGCCCCCAUCAUCUCCAACUUCUUCCUCUGCUCCUAUGCGCUCAUCAACUUCAGCUGCUUCCAUGCAUCCAUCACCAACUCCCCAGGCUGGCGACCCUCCUUUCGGUAUUACAGCAAGUGGUCUGCGCUCUUUGGUGCCACGGUCUCAGUGGUCAUCAUGUUCCUGCUGACCUGGUGGGCGGCCCUCAUCGCCUUCGGCAUCGUUGUCUUCCUCCUGGGCUAUGUCCUCUACAAGAAACCAGAUGUCAACUGGGGCUCCUCCAUGCAAGCCAGCUCCUACAACCUGGCUCUGAGCUACUCGGUAGGGCUCAGCGAGGUGGACGAGCACAUCAAGAACUACAGGCCGCAGUGCCUCGUCCUGACCGGGCCGCCCAACUUCCGCCCAGCGCUGGUGGACUUCGUGGGCACCUUCACCAAGAACCUCAGCCUGAUGAUCUGCGGCCACGUGCUGAUCCUGGGGCAAGGGGAGAUGGAGCUCUUUGGUGCCCAGAGCACUGGGAUGGGGACAGGGACAGUGGCCACCCGGCCAAUGGGCUGUGCCCCCUCCCUGCUCCCCCAGGGCCCCCGCAAGCAGAGGGUGCCCGAGGCCCGGCAGGCAUCGGAUGGCCACACCAGGUGGCUCCUCAAGAGGAAGAUCAAGGCCUUCUACACCAACGUGCUCUCUGAAGACCUGAGGAGCGGCGUCCAGAUGCUGCUGCAGGCCGCCGGCCUGGGGAAGAUGAGACCCAACAUUGUCGCGCUGGGCUACAAGAGGGACUGGCAGGCAGCCGCACCGCAGAGCCUGGAGGAUUACGUGGGCAUCCUGCACGACGCCUUUGAUUUCAAACACGGUGUGUGCCUGCUGCGGCUGCGGGAAGGGCUGAAUGUUUCCCGAGUCCCACAAGCCCACAGACGUGUCCGUGCUCCUCUCCCUCCACAGCUAACCCUGCAUUUGGGGCAGCAGAGCAUCCUGAUGGGAAUGGCACUGGCAGCAGAGCAGCACCCGGCACAGGCAUCGACCCCGAGCAGCAGGCGAGCACCAUCUUCCAGAGCCAGCAGGGCAAGAAAACCAUCGACAUUUACUGGCUCUUUGACGAUGGAGGGCUCACACUGCUCAUCCCCUACCUCCUCGGCCGCAAGAAGCGAUGGGGAAAAUGCAAGAUCCGGGUGUUUGUUGGCGGGCAGAUCAACAGGAUGGACGAGGAGAGGAAGGCGUACGGGCAGUGCAAAACGUGCACGGGUGUCCCGGCUCAGCAGCCGGUCGCUGAGCUCUGGGAACUGUCCCUCUCUCUGUGGCAGGAUCGUGUCCCUGCUGAGCAAAUUCCGCCUGGGCUUCCACGAGGUCCACGUCCUGCCUGACAUCAACCAGCAGCCCCGGCCGGAGCACAUCAGGAGGUUCGAGGAGCUGAUCGCACCCUUCAGGCUGAACGACGGCUUCAAGGACGAGGCGGCGGUGAACGAGCUGCGGCAGGGCUGUCCCUGGAAGAUCUCCGAUGACGAGGCGCACAGGCACAGGGCCAAGUCGCUCCGACAAGUGAGGCUCAAUGAGAUUCUGCUGGAUUACUCGCGGGACGCGGCGCUCAUCGCCAUCACGCUGCCCAUCGGCAGGAAGGGCCGCUGCCCCAGCUCCCUCUACAUGGCCUGGCUGGAGACGCUCUCGCAGGACCUGAGGCCCCCGGUCCUCCUGAUCAGAGGGAACCAGGAGAACGUUCUCACCUUUUACUGCCAAUAAAGCCUCCCGCACCCCUGCCGCA